AUGGCGUACUACGGAAUAACACGCAUUGAACAAGUGCCCGUUGAAGAAGACAUAAGGAGAGAGGGAGUAUUUAGUCAUGCAACCAUGGAAUAUAUUAAUUUAAUUGCAGGAUUACAACAGAGUCAUAUUCCCUUGAUAAUUCAUCCUGGGAAGAGAGUGAAGUCUAAGAGGGAAAUGCGGCAGAUUGAAGAGAAUUUAACGGAAACCAGGAAGCCACAGAAAGUGUCAGCACAAAAGAGGCCAUCAAAGACAGAGCGAAGAAAGAAGGCGCAAGUUGAAGAGAAAAUAAAGAAUGCACUUUCUGCAGCAGAAGACACAAGAGAAGGGAAGCCAAGACAUAAAAAGAAGGAAAGAGCAGCACAGAAGCUAGCGAAGAAGCAAAGACUUGGGAAGAGCAGAAGACACCAAGCAUCGAACAGACAAUAA